AGACAAACUGACAAUAUUGUAAUUCAUACGAGAUUUUAUUAAAUUAUAUUAUAUUAUAAGAAGUGUAUUUUAUAAAUAACAAGGAAACAGUUCAAACAAAUGUUGCAUUAAUGGAGAAAGCUGGGCAGUCGAGGCCCGACAAAGACCCGAGCGAUGAAGAUACUAAUCAAGGAAGAAAAAAUAUACUAGACAAACCAACGCACUUACAAGAAAACGCAGGGCCUUCAAACAUGGUAAAGCUGCCCGGUGCUGUAUCCCCGAGAAACUCAACGUUGCAUCUACACAAAACUAUAAUAUCUAAAUCCGAACAUAACAUAUGUCACAAAAUAACUCCCCAAGACGUUGCGGAUGCAUUAAAACUUACAUCGUUUAGCUUCGGGGAUGAUCAUCCUAAAGUGCACAAAAACUUUCAAGAGUUAAAAAUUCCCAUUUUAGAAACGACAACUAAAGACGAAGCUGCUACGUUCAUUGAACUGAAACGCUUUAUGGCUUCUUGUUUGAAGCUACAUAAAACAGAUCAAAGCGACGUGAAUGCAUCGAAUGUACUAAAUAUUCAGACAGUCCAAAAUCCGAUCAAUACGAUACAGAAUGAAAUGGUUUUAAAUAUACCGAAUACAAGUAUUGCUAAAGUUACGACUGAUGUCAAAACUACUGUGGAUUCUAAGCCAAAAUCUCAAGAUAAUAAUAAGAAGAAAACUUCGGGAAGUAUGUCGGAAAGAUCAGAGUUUGCUGUUGCACAGAGGGACUCACUAUCAAGUAUUGGUUCAAAUGUUUGCAGGAUUUGCAUGACAAAAGGACGGGAGAGAUUAAUCUCUCCAUGCAACUGUAAGGGUUCUUUGGCGAACGUGCAUUUAUCCUGCCUAGAGAGAUGGUUGAAUCAAGUUGGACGCAAUCACUGUGAACUAUGUGGGUUCAGCUAUCCAGCCAUCCGAACGCCUCGUUACACUGUGUUGCAAGCGCUCCGGCUGUGGUUCGGCAAUCCGCGAAAUAGGAACCAUUUGCAGUCCGACUGUCUGAUAUUCUGGCUCCUGUCAACUGUGACUGCCGGUCUCUUGUCUGUGUGUAUUGUUGGCACGCAAUAUUUUGUGCUCGAAGGCAACAAAUUUGGUAAGAUCGAUGGUGCUAGAAAAGACGAAGGUAUGCUUCGUCUCCUUUCAGGCAUAUCCCACCGGAUAACAGAGACCGCAAUGGAUUUCUUCAUGGUAAUCGUUCUCUGUGGCUAUUCCAUAACCGUAUAUCUCCUCUGGAAAGACCAUUAUGUGAUGUGGAACCGAUGGAGGCGCGCCAAUGUAAAUGUUAGGUUGCUUUUGUCCCCCGAUGCUAACCCCGUGCCAUUUGUACCAAGGCCUCGAUAUAAUGUUUGAAAUUUGAUAAUUAAAUAUUUUGUAUAUUG